CCCAAGAUGCUUGGGAAUUUCUUAUAUAACCAAAAUUUCAUAUCCUUCAAUGCAUGUGCUGCCCAGUUAGGCUGCUUUCUCACAUUUAUGGUAUCAGAGUGCUUGCUCCUGGCUUCCAUGGCAUAUGAUAGAUAUGCAGCCAUUUGUAACCCUCUACUGUAUAUGGUCACAAUGUCCCCUGGAAUCUGCAUUCAGCUUGUAGUUGUGCCUUAUAGCUAUAGCUUCCUCAUGGCAUUGAUUCACACUCUUCUAACCUUUCGCCUAUCCUACUGCCAUUCCAAUAUCAUCAAUCACUUCUACUGUGAUGACAUGCCUCUUCUCAGGCUAACUUGCUCAGACACUCACUACAAGCAGAUGUCUAUUUUGGCCUGUGCCGGAAUCACAUUUAUUUCUUCUGUUCUGAUUGUGUCUGUAUCUUACAUGUUCAUUAUUUCUGCCAUUCUGAGGAUGCACUCAGCUGAAGGAAGACGUAAAGCCUUUUCCACCUGCAGCUCUCACAUGAUGGCUGUGAGCAUAUUCUAUGGAACUCUAAUCUUUAUGUACUUGCAGCCGAGUUCUGACCACUCUCUUGAUACAGAUAAGAUGGCCUCUGUCUUCUACACAGUGAUCAUCCCCAUGUUGAACCCUUUGAUCUACAGUCUCAGGAAUAAGGAUGUGAAAGAUGCCCUGAAGAGAAUCAUGGACAAUAGAAACCAGACUUCUAUAUUUAGAGAACUAAGGAAAUGA